AUGGAAAUGACCGACUCACAACCUAAGAACAAUUGGCCAUCAUGGUAUCCAAUAACACGUCAUAACAUUCGAGAAGAUAUCAUUAGAAAUAGAAAUCGUGAGGUGGUUGAAGAAUCUUAUAGGAUAUGGUUUGCAUAUUACAUCGUAUUAGCAUUUAAUCUUGGAGCAAUCAUCGCAUCGUCGGUGACUUGCUAUAGAAGCUCCACAAUUUCCGUGCAAAUAUUGUUGGCCUCAUUAUAUUUGGUUUUGUGGCCUAAAAAGGUAUUACUUCUUUCAUUGCCUCUUAAUAGUCCCUCCUUUCCCAUUGUAUUCAGCAUAUUCAUAGUGGUCGGUUGGUUCUACACUGGUUGUGGCGGAAUAUUCUCCAUGAUAAAUAAUUUUAAUGAUAAAUGUUACGUAGCCGGAGCGUUUAACAUUGUGUGCGUAGUACUAAUCCUUGUACAUACUUUGAUGCACAUACUAUUACUUCGUAAGGUGCGAAUCUAUUUCAAUGCUCAUCAGAUGACGCUAUUUGGUGAUGUGCUAGAACGGCCGUCGAGACCUAACUCUUCGGUUCAUGAGAAAGAUGGUGUUAAUGGUGUUAAUGGUGUUAACGGUGUUAACGGUGUUAACGGUACUCAUGGUAUUAAUGGUGCUAAUGGUUUGAAUGUUUUGGAAGAAUUGCAUGCAAUUCCUGAACCCUUGCAUAAUAAGAAAAGCUUGUAUGAGAAUUUAAACGUGCGUGAUAAAGUUGAAGAUGAUAAUGUCGAAGAUAAUGGAUACCUAAAUGAAACCUUUGUGCACGAGGCUUUUGAAGAUUCAUUUUGA